UCUGAGUCCUGACUCUACCUGUGAUGCAUCAGGCUUUACUUGUUCCCGAAGUCCUCCUGGAGAUAUUAACCUACGUGAAUGAAAUAUCAUUUACUCAAACAACAUCGACUCAGAGAUCCCUUGCUGCUCUUGCAAGGACAUGUAGAAAAUUUUACGAGCCCGCGAUGGAUUUGCUGUGGGCUGAGAUCGAAGAGUUAGAACCACUGCUGGGCUGUGUAACGAGGUUACAUCCACUGAUAUAUCAUAGUGAUACAAGGUGGGGCGGGCCCUGGGCGAGAGGCAUCGAACCAUUAUCUGCCCAUGAGACCCGUCAAUUUUUGCGUCACUCCGCCCGUAUUCGCAAAUUGAACAUAGAUUUUGAUCAUCCCCACUUUCUCUCUCUUAUCCCUGCCGAGGCAUGCGUAUUCCCGAGGCUGAGGUCGUUAAAUAUUUCCACCAAAUAUUUGGACCUCUUUCUGCCUCACUCGCUGCAGCGGCUGUACCAAUGUCAUCUAUCCACUGUCAACCAAAGUCUGCAAGGGCCUUUUAUGAGACGUUGCACUGAUUUGGAGCACUUAUGCAUCUACACUCCUGAAAUGGGCGAUGAUGACAGCACGGCAAAUGAGCUGUCCCUGCUACUAUCCGAUCGGAUUCGUUGGUGCACGCGGCUUGUAACUCUGUCUUGUCCAAUGCUCGACUGGGCAACAUGGAAGCAUCUCUCCUCCCUCCCUACCCUUCUUGAAUUGUCAAUUGAUCAAGGGUGUAAUGACCCUCCUUCGCUGUUAAAACAAGAUAUCGUCGAUUUAUCACCAUUCCUUAGCAUCACGACUAUUUCCUUUCGACAGCUGUACGAUGCUGCACAUAUCAUCGCAGUCAUGCAACACUCGCAAUUCCCCUCGUUGAAAGAGUUCAGGUUCGAAGCCAACUAUCUGGGUUCAGAAGAGGCAGAGCAGCUCUUUCAUGCGUUGUCCAACUGCAAAGCGUUGCAGACUUUGGAAAAAAUCUCCAUUAUUGCUUAUGAUAGCAAAUUCCUGGACUCAGACGGUAUUUUGAAGCCAAUUCCGCAUUUCCUUCGCUUUAAACAGCUCCGGACCCUGGAGCUCAUAUUUUGUGAUUCCUGCAUCUACCUGGACAACGACAUUCUCUUGGAAGCCAUGUCUACUUGGCCGGAUAUCCACACUCUAGAGAUCACCAGCUCACAUGCCCUUCCUUCUUCAGUCACCCUCCAUGGAUUAUUCACAGCGCUCAGUCUAUGUCCACAAUUGCAUACACUGCGAGUUGCAAUCGAUAUUACCACUAUCGACAUCGAUCCUGAUGACGAUCCAAUACAACAUACCUCCCUACAAAAAGCGGAAUUGGAAAUAUACGAGUUUAUAACAGAUGCUGAAUCGCUCGCUCGCAUCAUUUUCGCGUGGCUUCCUUGUGUCGACCAAGUUCAAAGGGAGGACAUUUAUUGGGAUGAAGUCAACAUGCAUCUCAGAUCUUUGAAAGCGGCUGUUGGGCUGCAUGUCGUGGGAGCCUCCAGGCAUUAUCAUUGAGCUUGGAAUACGUUCGCCAUACACUGCCUUCAAGUUAUUUUGUUCUUUCGUCGUCGUUAUCGUCAACCGUUCAUAUAGUUGUUUCUCGUCUGAUCGUUAAACUGUAAUACCUCAACAAAAUUGUCAACAAGAAGUUCAGAACUCACCGGUUCACUGCAGGAUUAGUACAUAUUAUCAGCCUUUGGCGGGUCAAUUCAUCUUCUCGGCAGUCCACCACCGUUUUCUUCAUCAUGUAUACUUAUAUCUGAUUUUGAUCUCCAUGGUACUUACGAUCGACACGUUGCAGUUGGUUUGUGUAGAAGAACUUUGAUCUUUCUAUCAACGUUAAAUUUCUAUAAAGGACAAAUGGUCGUUGCUGAGUAAUCAAGCUC